AUGAGGCUCCCUUCUUUUUUGUUUUUAUUGCUGUUUAUUGGCCUCGCUUUGGUAACUGCUGUCAAGUGCGCAGUAAUUGGUGAGAAGGUCCUUUCUGUUGAUUCUGAAUACCGUUAUUCCCUUGAAUGGCUUGAUAGUGCUCUCCAGGACGAUGUCAGUAACCCACUGAGUCUCGGUGUGGAUACUGUCAAACAAUAUACAGGAUAUUUUGAUAUCAAUGAUGAUGAUAAGCACCUAUUUUAUUGGUUUUUCGAGAGCAGAAACGAUCCCGCGACCGACCCUGUGAUUCUUUGGUUAAAUGGAGGUCCUGGCUGCAGCUCAGUGACGGGCUGCUUAUUUGAGCUUGGUCCAGCUUCACUUAACGGAACCACACUUACCCCAAUCCACAAUCCCUAUUCUUGGAACAAUAAUGCGUCGGUCAUCUUUCUUGAACAGCCUGUUGGUGUUGGCUACUCGUACAGCACAAGGUCCUCUGUUUCAAGCACUAAGGUCGCAGCUAAAGAUGUUUAUGCGUUCUUGGAGCUAUUCUUCACAAAAUUCGCGCGAUUUUCGAAUAAUGACUUUCAUAUCGCUGGCGAAUCUUACGCUGGUCACUACAUUCCUAAUAUUGCAAGUGAAAUUCUUGAUCACAAGAACAAGUCUUUUGAACUCACCUCUAUUUUAAUUGGUAAUGGAAUUACAGAUCCAUUGAUCCAAUAUGGCUGGUAUGGCCCUAUGGCCUGCAAUGCAUCGUUAUCGGGUUACAAACAAAUCCUCUCCGACAGUGACUGCAUGAAAAUCGACGACAUGUACUCCCGCUGCAAACGAUUGAUUAGUGCAUGCUAUAGAACUCUAUCUGCCGUUACUUGCCUGCCGGCAAAUCUUUACUGUGAACGUAUAUUGGAACCAUUUGAGCAGACAGGCCUUAAUGUUUAUGAUAUUCGUGGCCCUUGUGAAACUCAAGAUGGAAACUGCUACCUCGGAAUAAACUACAUCGACCAGUACAUGAAUCUUCCUGACGUUAAAGAGGCACUGGGAGCAGAAGUUGAUAUCUACAGUGACUGUGAUGAUGAAGUUUUUCGACAAUUCAUCUUGACAGGAGACGAAACAAAGCCAUUUCAGCAGUACGUGGCAAAAGUUCUAGAUGCUGGUCUCCCAGUUCUUAUUUACGCAGGAGACAAAGACUAUAUUUGCAACUGGCUGGGAAACUUGGCCUGGACGGAAGUAUUGGAAUGGAAAAAUAGUGCCUCUUACCAGAAGGCAGAAUUCAAGAACUGGUACACGGAAAUCGAGGGCCUUCCUGCGGGAGAGAUUAAGACCAAUGGACAACUGACAUUUGCCCGGGUUUACGAUGCGGGCCACAUGGUUCCUCAUGACCAACCAGAAGCUGCUCUUGAUAUGGUGAACAGGUGGAUCACCGGAGAUAAAUCAUACAAUCGAUGA